AUGGCAAGUAUAACGAUUUUCAAUUUUUUAUUUUUUACUCUUGCAACACUGAGUGCCACUGUCCACAGUUCAAAAAAAUUAUUAAAAAAAGUUAAAUCGUCACAUCAGAAGUGUGCUACUUUCUCAAGAUCGUCUUUAACAAAUUAUUUCAUCAUGACCGGUCGUGAUGGGGGAAAGAAAAAGCCACUGAAGGCACCAAAAAAACCAUCCAGAGAGCUUGAUGACGACGAUUUAGCUCUAAAACAAAAGUUAAAAGAACAACAGAAAGCAUUAGAAGAAGCAAAAGCAAAAGCUUCACAGAAGGGGCCGCUUGUGAGUGGUGGCAUAAAAAAAUCAGGCAAAAAG